CAUAACUAAACAAACAGCAUCAGAAAUCAUUGAUCGUUUGGGUACAGAAUACAAUCAAAAUAUAUCAAGCGGAGAGCUUCACUUGUGUUCAUCUCUACAAAUCCAUGAAUUAGGACUUGCAAAGGUUCUUGGCACGGUGGGACGUGUUGCAGCUGUUUUGAUUCUGACCAAAUGGUCUUCCCUGCAUCCUUUUUGUGGUUUUGGUGACACUGGGCCAGUCUGCAACGUUGGAGCAUUGGUUGGAGAACAUGGGAUCUGGUAGUUCUGUGAAUGUCCAGUACAAGUACUCUCUGCAGAAGUCUGAAAAUGCUUUCAAGGCAGCUGUGUUGAUCCAGCAGUGGUAUCGGCGCCACGUGGCUCGGCUGGAAAUGCGCCGCCGCUGCACCUGGAGAAUCUUUCAGUCCAUUGAGUAUGCCUGUGAGCAGGAUCAGAUCAAGCUUCACAACUUCUUCAGUUACCUCAUGGACCAGUUCACACCAAGCAGCAGCAAAGAGAGGGAUUUUAUCAGUCGCAUGUUUGUAAGUGGGGAAAGUUACAAAGAGGCAGAGCUGGAAAAAUUCUGUGACUAUGAAUCCAUAGAGGUGCCAGACUCCUACAUCGGACCCCGGCUCUCCUUCCCUCUCCUCCCUGACCAUGCCACGGCCUUGCUGGAAGCUUUUCAACAGAAACAACAGCUCCAUGCUCGCUAUGUCUUAAACCUCCUGCACGAGACCAGGAAGCACCUCAAGCAGUUGCCAAACAUCAGCCACGUCUCCACCUGCUACAGCGAGGAGGUCACCGUGUGUGGGGACUUGCAUGGCCAGCUGGAUGACUUGUUCCUCAUCUUUUACAAGAAUGGCCUUCCUUCUCCUUCCAAGUCCUACGUGUUCAAUGGGGACUUUGUAGACAGAGGCAAGCAGUCCCUUGAGAUCCUUGUUAUCCUCUUUACCUUCCUCCUGAUCUACCCCAAGGAGGUCCAUCUCAACCGCGGCAACCACGAGGACCACAUGGUGAACUUACGGUACGGCUUCCGUGCAGGGCUGAGCACGGUGUGGAGGGUUGUGCAAAAUCCCACUGACAAAAUCCCCAUCUCCUGUUCCUCUAGCUAUGGCUUCACCAAGGAAGUGAUGCAGAAAUACACGGUGCAUGGGAAGAAAAUCUUGAGGAUGUUUCAGAAUGUCUUCUGCUGGCUGCCCCUGGCCACCCUGAUUGAUCAGAAAGUCCUCAUUAUUCAUGGGGGCAUCUCUGACACCACUGACCUGGACAUGCUUGAGAAAAUUCAAAGGGACAAAUUUAUUUCUGUGCUAAGGCUGAAGAAAAGAAAGGAGUCGAGCAGAAAACCAGAAAUGCAGGCCAUAAAUGGGGAGAGGGAAUCAGGCAGUGAUGCAGCAGGGAAGGAGGCAGCCCCCAGGUUAUCUCUGCAGCCCCAGUCAGCCCAGGCUCCCAGCACAGCCAACAGGCUGGAGUUCUCCAGGUGGCUGCGGCAGACGGUGCAGGAGCAAAUCGACACGUGCCGCCGGCUGGUGGACAUCAGUGAGUCAGAGCCAGAGGAGCUCACCUACUCCAGCAUGGUCUCCUUGAAGGACGUGGAUGAGCCCUGCUGGACUCGCCAGCAGGAGUGGAAGCAGAUUUUAGACAUCCUCUGGAGCGACCCCAUGCCUCAGGAGGGCUGUAGAGAGAAUAAGGUGCGAGGUGGUGGCUGCUACUUUGGGCCUGAUGUGACGGAGAAGUUCCUUGAGAAGUACAGCUUGCAGUUCCUGAUCCGCUCUCACGAGUGCAAGCAGGAGGGCUACGAGUUCUGUCACAACCGCAAGGUGCUGACCAUCUUUUCAGCCUCAAACUACUAUGAGAUUGGCAGCAACAGGGGAGCCUAUGUGAAGCUGGGACCAGACCUCAUCCCCCACUUUGUUCAGUACCAAGCAAACAAGACAGCCCAUAUGCUCACUAUGACCCAAAGAAUCAGCAGAGUAGAGGAGUCAGCCUUUCGAGCCCUGCGGGAGCAGCUCUUUGCUCACACCUCAGCCCUCAUCAGUGCCUUCAAGGCCUACGACGGGGACAAUACAGGAAGGAUCACGCUGAGUAACUGGGCGACAGCAGUGGAGUCGGUGCUGCGGCUGGGACUGCCCUGGCGGAUGCUGAGGCCACAGCUGGUGUGCAGCACCAAGGACGGCAUGCUGGAAUACAAAUCCUGGCUGGAUGAACUGGCCAUGGAGCAGAGGAGCCAAGAGCACAUCCAGUCGAGCUUGCUGGAAAUCAUUUAUCGAAACAGAUCCAACUUAGAGACCAUAUUCAGGAUCAUAGACAGAGACCAUUCAGGUCUCAUCUCCUUUGAGGAAUUCCAGCAAACCUGGAAGCUGUUCAGCUCCCACAUGAACAUUGAACUCACAGAUGAUGGCAUUGACGACUUGGUUCGCAGCAUUGACUUCAACAAGGAUGGGAACAUUGACUUCAACGAGUUCCUGGAAGCCUUCCGCCUGGUCAAGCAGUGCCCGACCUGAGAGCCUGCCCAGGGCUGCCACGUCCAUGCCUUGCUUUCUCAGAGCCAGCACUGCCCCACCUGACCUAGAGCGUGCCUGCAGAUGGCAAACAGGGAAAGGGAAAGGCAGGUGCCCAAAACAGACAUCACUGCAGGCAACAGCUGUGACCCAGCCGGGGAGGGUAACAGGUGAAAUAGAUGAGCUGCACUUCAAUUCAGACUGGUUUUAAAAGAAGCUGCAUUUUAAGUAGUUUCCUGCUCAAAGGGAAGAUGCAACUUAGCUUCUCUUGUCAAUGUGAAGAAAUGUUACAGGUACACUUCAGAGCAGUAAAGUGCAAGUCAAUGUAUUAGCUGUAGGCAG